CUGGCGCCUCCAUUCUGACAGCACCGCUUUCCACCCUCCCCAGACCGCUCCAAGAAGGCCCAAGAGGCCCCUCCGUGCCAUUUUGGCUCAAGCCGUGCGGAUCAAGUCCCACUCGGUUCACAGUCUUACCGUACCUUAUUUUUGCGCUAUUAGACAGAGUGUCAGCGUCGCCCCAAUGGCAAUCAAGUGUUGGCUCCCCGUGGUUCUCGGGCUGCGUAGAGUUUCUGGUCUGCAGCGGGCGACGAGCGUGCCAAACGGCAGUGCCGUGAGCGAUGAGGAGGCGGCGGCGGGGUUGAAUCGCAUCAGCAGCAACAUCAGCAACGGUGCCACUUGUGCUGUGACGAUGUAUCAGCAUGGCUGUGGCGGUGGCUUCUCUGCCACAUACGGGGUCGGUUCGCAUGGUUGGGUUGGCAGCAGCCAUAACGACCAGUAUUCAUCUCUGUACAUCCAUUCGGACGCCUGUCGCGUGGUGAUCUACGAGCACUCAAAUUUUUACGGCUGGGCUUGCUCCUACGAGGGCGUUGGUUGUCAUGGAGUGUGUGGCAACGAUCAAGUGAGCUCAUUGAGAGUGUAUGACACGUCGACGCCAUCUCCGACGCCAUACCCGACGCCGUACCCGACGCCAUACCCGACGCCGUACCCGACGCCGUACCCGACGCCGUACCCGACGCCGUACCCGACGCCAUACCCGACGCCAUACCCGACGCCGUACCCGACGGCCUUCCCCACGGCCUACCCGACGCCAUACCCGACGCCGUACCCGACGCCAUACCCGACGGCCUUCCCCACGGCCUACCCGACGCCAUACCCGACGCCGUACCCGACGCCGUACCCGACGCAGUAUCCGACGCCAUAUCCGACGGCGUACCCGACGGCCUUCCCCACGCCGUACCCGACGCCUUUCCCGACGUCCUUCCCGACGCCCAGCCCGACGCCUAGCCCGACGUAUCCUCCAGGAUGGCCGACGCCACAGCCGACGUUUCCUCCUGGAGCUCCCAUGGCGGGCGGAGCUGGCGGUGUGGCUGCCACUGGCGAUCCCCACCUGGCAAAUGUUCUGGGUCAGAGAUUCGAUCUGAUGAAGCCGGGCAACCAUGUUCUGAUCAACAUCCCUCGUGGAAGGUAUAAGAACGUUAUGCUUCGUGUAGAGGCUGAGGCGAUUCAAUUGGGUGGACACUGUGCUGACAUGUAUUUCCAAGACUUGAACGUGACGGGGUCGUGGGUGGAGGAGAGGCAUACCGGCGGUCUCCGAUUUCAAGCUCAGGCUGUGCCCGACGGAAGUCCCAAGUGGUUAAAGUUUGGGAAGGUACAAAUCAAAGUUGCGCAUGGACGCACGCAGCAGGGCACCACUUACUUGAACUUCUACGUCAAGCACCUUGGGCAUGCUGGAUUCGAUGUCGGAGGAUUGCUGGGAGAGGAUGACCAUCAGGAGGCAGCGACGCCCGCGGAGGAAUGUGUCCACCGUGCAUCGCUUCUUCAAGUAUCUGGUCUGAACGAGCACAGUGCGCGCCUCUUCUCCGUCGCAGAGGCAAGCUUUGCAUGAUGCGCCCUGGCGUCGUCUUGUUGUCGCCACUCCCUCCUCCACUGUUUCCCUCCCCCGUUCUCCUCCUCCUCCUCCUCCUCCUCCUCCUCCUCCUCCUCCUCUCCCUUGGGGCGGGUUGGUGCGUUGGCAAUAGUUUUCGCGUGAGGCUAUCGCAUGAGCCAGCUCGCACGUUCUGCUUGAUUCCACAUGGAUAUACAAGUAUUUAUCCGGGCGAAAGACCCAACCAUGCGCAAUUGUGAAUACCGCGUUGUGGAUACCGCUUUCGGUGGAGAUGCCUGUUGUAAGCGAUCCUUCCUUAUAGUGGAUUAUUCUAACAAGGAUUUCAUUUGUAACGGAUCGUCAAGAUUUUGUCCUUCAUAGGACGCGUUCCUGCGAUAUGCUUGCUCGGGGAGUCUUUCGUGACAUCGUGGUUGUUCAAGGGUCGUGCGGUCUUGUUUUCUGUGCAGCUCAAUCUGCUGCUAGUCGUGCGCGCUACAUUUUGGGCUUGCCGCCCGCGAUCGAAAGAGAGAGAGAGAGAGAGCGAUCCGCAUCCAGAAAUAGGGGUACCACAAACGAACCGCGACCAGCAUCAUCACGUUUGAAGGAAAACCGUCG